AUGAAAAUCUCUUUUGCACUCAUUUUGUUGGCUUCGCUUUCCGUCAAUGCUGCUCCAUUAAAAAGAGAUGCAUCCUACCCAAUUGCUGAAUCCUACCCAAUUGCCGAAUCAUACCCAAUUGCAGGACGAGGAUAUCCAAUUGCUGAAUCAGAGCCAAUUGCCGAUUCAUACCCAAUUGCGGGACGAGGAUAUCCAAUUGCUGAAUCAGAGCCAAUUGCCGAAUCAUACCCAAUUGCAGGACGAGGAUAUCCAAUUGCUGAAUCAGAGCCAAUUGCCGAUUCAUACCCAAUUGCAGGACGAGGAUAUCCAAUUGCUGAAUCAGAGCCAAUUGCCGAUUCAUACCCAAUUGCGGGACGAGGAUAUCCAAUUGCUGAAUCAGAGCCAAUUGCCGAAUCAUACCCAAUUGCAGGACGAGGAUAUCCAAUUGCUGAAUCAGAGCCAAUUGCCGAUUCAUACCCAAUUGCGGGACGAGGAUAUCCAAUUGCUGAAUCAGAGCCAAUUGCUGAAUCAUAUCCAAUUGCCGGAUAA